UUGCAGAGCGAGCAUGGCGGCCCUGCAGGACUCCGGAGCCCCCUGGAUGACCACAUUCAUGCUGUCCUUGGCCGUGCUGUGCUCCCCUCCAGCUCAAGGCAGAGACCUGCCAGAGCUGUACGUGUACCAGCGGAGGAGCGACUGCUUUGAGUCCAAUGGGACGCACCGCUUCUUGGAGCGCUACGCCUACAACAAGGAGGAGAUCGUCCAGUUCGACAGUGCCGUGGGGACGUUUCAGGCCGUUUCUGAGCUGGGCCAGGAGACGGUCAAGAACUGGAACAUUCAGCAGGAGUUCCUGGCGAUGAGGCGAGGCGCUGUGGACACGGUGUGCAGACACAACUACGAGCUCGACCGGGCUUUCACCCUGACGCGCCGAGUCCGGCCCAAAGUGAACGUCUCCCCCUCCAAGAAGGGGUCCUCGCAGCACCAACACCUGCUCGUCUGCCACGUGACAGAUUUCUACCCAGGAGACCUUCAAGUCCGGUGGUUCCUGAACGGACAGGAGGAAACCGACGGGGUCGUGUCCACCAACCUGAUCCGGAAUGGGGACUGGACCUUCCAGAUCCUGGUGAUGCUGGAGAUGAACCCUCGUGCGGGGGACGUGUACACCUGCCACGUGGAGCACCCCAGCCUAGACAGCCCCAUCACGGUGGACUGGAAGGCGCAGUCUGACUCUGCUUGGAGCAAGAUGCUGGCUGGAGUCCUGGGCUUGGUGCUGGGGCUCGUCUCCCUCCUGCUGAGCCUUGGCCUCCGUUUUAGAAGCCGGCCAGGGCAACGAGGACUUCAACCGACAGGGUCCUUGAGCUGAGGCUGUCUGCUGUCCUGCUACCCAGCGCUCACCGGCCCCAGGAGGCGACAGCACAGCAACUCUGUGCCCCCAACCCCGCCUGCUGCCUCUGCAUCCUGCUCUGAUGUGCUUCCUGCUUCUCAAGUUCUCCAGGCUCCGGAGUGCUGCCUCAGUUUGUAUCACCAUCUUCCUUUCUCCUUCAAGGGAGACAGCCC